AUGGCGGCGGCGGAGGCGGCGGCAGCGGCGGCGGGGGCGUUGAGGGAGGCGGCGGAGGAAGAGCAGCUGAAGGCUGAGCUGGCGGCGCGGGCGGCGGCUGAUUGUAACUCCACCUUUUCUGGAAUGGAUGAACCUAAAACUGCAAGCCUUGAGGACACAAUAGAAAUUUCUGAUAUUUACCGCUCAAAUGCCGAAUAUUUCAGGAAACUAGAGGAGCUGAAGGCCGCCCACAUGGCUACUAUGGCAAAGCUAGAGAAACUGCACACGAAUAAAUUAAAUUUAAAGGGAGCUCAGCCAGCCAUCAUCAGGGAAGAGACUCCUCCUCCUACUGCCUCUUCUGUAUCUGCAUCAGUAAAGAACUCUGACCCAUCUGCCUCCCUAGUGCCAUCCCUUCUGGAGACGGAUGUAGGCUGCUCUUCCUUGGCCUCUCCAGUUUCCUCUGAAGACGACUUGGUGAACCUCCAAAGGGAGACCCCCGACAAAAGCAAGGUGAUGACCUUCGCCAAGGAGCUCAUCAGCAACAUGUGGAACGGCUUUUCCGUCGAGGAUUACAUCCAGUCUGAUGAUACAGCCAUCUCAUCGGUUGAAAAAAUAAGAAAGAAACCGAAAGAAUGGGUGCCAAAGAUUACAGUCCCCGAGCCUUUUCAGAUGACGGUCCGAGAGCAGAAAAAGAGGGACGCGAACUUGAAAUCCAAGGCAGAAAUUGAGAUGGAAAACAAGCUGCUGAAGAAGCAGGAGGAGGAAGAAGCAGAGUGCAGGAAGAAGUUCCGGGCCAAUCCAGUCCCCGAGUCUGUCUUUCUCCCCCUUUAUCGUGAACUAGUCAAGCAAAAUGAGGCGCGGAGAAAAGCGAUGAAGGAGAAGAACAAAGAAGCCCUUUUGGCUUCACAGAAGCCGUUCAAGUUUAUAGCCAGAGAAGAGCAGAAGCAAGCGACCCGAGAAAAGCUGAAAGACUUUUUCAAGCCUACGAAGAAAACCAGUCGAUUUAAAGCCAGGCCUGUCCCUCAGUCUCUUUAUGAUCCAACUGUCAGUGACAGAUUCAAAGAAGAAGAGCUCUUGAGAAAGAUCCAGGCUCAGAAAAAAGCCCAGGAGCUUUUAGAGGACACCUGGCCUCGGCCAGCUUACAGAAGUCUUGCCACCAAGAAACCCAGACGUCCUGAAAGGUGCAAGUGUAAAUGCAAGGUCAGAUGCCAGGCUCCUGACAUCGAAAACGUCCCCAAACAGCACAAGUACCUCUCGGAGAACAAGUGUUCGGGGUCCGUAGCACCCCAGAAUUCUCUCGUUCUCCGUAAAUGCUCGCACUCAUUGUCUAGAAGAGAUAAAAUCUUGGCAGACAUUAAAGCGGAUGAAGAGAAUGUCAAUGACACAGAUGGGUCUCUUCUGUCUCCAAGGGGCAAGUCAGCAGGAAAAAGUACAAGUUCAAAGUCUGUGCUCCGCAGCUGCACCCCUCCAAAGUCCACGGUAUCUUCCAGAGAAAGAGAAGAAGCCAUCAGGAGAUCCCUUGAGGAAAAGAAAAUGUUGGAAGAAGAAAGAAACCGAAUCCUAACCCAGCAGAAGCAAAGAAUGAAAGAAUUGCAGAAGUUGCUGACAGCCCGGGCUAAGGCUUAUGACUCACAUGAAAGUCUAGCUCAAAUGUCUAAAUCCAAACUAAAAUCUCUCAGAAAGAGUAACAAAGAAAGAAUGAAAGAAUACAGACAAGAACUAGAAGACAGAGAAGAAAAAUUAAAAAAGAGGCCUCUGCUGUUUGAAAGAGUCGCUCAGAAAAAUGCAAGAAUGGCAGCAGAAAAGCAUUAUUCUAACACGCUAAAAGCACUAGGAAUAUGUGAUGAGUUUGUUUUAAAGAAGGGCCGAAGCGGAAAAAUACUUGAGAACCUCAGCAAGCAAGAGAGGAAAGAUUUCACUGAAGAUAAAGAAAGCUUUAAUGAAGAAAAAGUAGAAGAGACAGAGAAUGAGGAAGAAAAUGAUAUUCUUGAUACCAGCAGCCAGGAUUCUUGCAAGGAGAAAGAUGAACUCAGUGAAGGAAAUGCAGAGGAGAAAACUGUUCACGAAGAACACUGA